CUUCUUUUUUUUACUUCAUUGUUUCGCCUAAAUUCUUGACUCUGCUUCAAGAUAAUGCUCAUGUAGCCUUUUCUGCUGUGUUGGUGUUUUCAUCAAGAGUUGUGCGAACAGAUUUCCAAUAGCCAGCAACUUAACAACACCCUGUCCGGAUUUAAUGAAUAAUUAUGUGAACGUCUUCGCCGCUCUGAGUGAUGUUUGCCUUCGACCACUAGAUCAAUAUCUGCCCUCCAGAAUUCUAUGCUAAUGUAAAUGCGCUGAGUCAUGCUUAUCACCUGGGAGUUCAUCAGGUUUAUGUAAUACUCUACCAGAUAUGGGUGAUAUUAGCAUAUUGAAUGGUGUGGUGGCUGGCCGUGUGAGGUUUAUUUGAAUACCCAGAGUGCCUGCUGUGCUGCUGCAGGAGGGGGGUUUAUGAACAUAGCUUUUGGCAAGAGAAGUGCUGUGUCAUUAUUGCAGGACGACAUCAGGGACUGCUUCGCCUCCCAGAGCAGGUACGGAGCCUUUCUCAUAUUGCUGUGGUGGCUUGUUAUUUUCAAUCCUGAGGUUAGAAAUAAGAAGCCAGUCAACACACAAGCACUACCCAAGACUUCUGUGGAAGUGGCACUGUGUUGCAGUUUUAUACCUUGCUGUUCUUCAUGUACGUGCGUGUAUUAGGGACUGUACUUCUUGUUUUCGCGUAGUAGUUUUACCGGAUGGAAUGUACCUUGCAUCUUUUUGUACAUUGUAUUUGUGUCUUGCUGAGAACCACGGCCUCAAACUUGGACUACUUGUGGGCUCACAUUUGUCAGGGUGUAUGGUGUCGACUGGAUAUGAAUUGUCAUUCCACGUAGUACCAUCUCCUUUGCACUAUUGAGGUGCUUAUUUUUCUGUUGACUAGCAGCUAGCGAGUUUGCAGGUAGACUUUGAUGUAAUAUAGCGGACGAAGAUGAUAGAUUUUGGGAGGUUUACAGGUAAGGUAUUGUACCAACCACCUUGCUCAGAAAAUGCAGUUCGAAAUUGGUAACUGAGCUAACUUUGACCCUCCAAGGUCGGAGAUAAUGAUGCAUUCCAUCAGCGUUGUGACGUCCGACUGACUCACAAUACCAGGCACUUUUCACAUUUUAUUCCAGUUGCGUCCCAUGACAAUUUGGAAAGUAACACAUGCAUCGAUGAGCGGAUAGUGUUUAUUAUGUGGCAGUUAGUUUCAACAGAUGUGGCAUCCACACUUCUAAAACUUCAAACUGGAGACUUCCGUCUUCAGAUAGACGGGACACACUUUCUGAAACACAACUUCAAAGCUUUCAGGUGUCCUUUCGUAGUUGUACGGAGUGUAAGAAUGUGUCGGUGGCCGUGAUGCGUUAAAACUUGCUCUCGCUGCUAGGCAACAAGGGAUUCCCUAAUAUGGUCAACAGGCCGGUUGCGGCGCGUGGAGGGGGCGUUGCCUCAGCGGUUGUGCUUCCUGCUUCACUUGGGCGACAUGCCGCGGAGUGUUGACAGUCGAAGUGAAGUUAUCAAUGAGCGCAUCUGAGUGCGGUGGUCGGCUUCACCUUGAAUCGUCUCUGUCGCCGCCAUGGCAGGAGAACAAGCCCGUUGGCGCAAACAGAGGACGACGGUUCCGCUCCGGACCGAAGGGUUUUGCGGUUUAGUGGAAGGCAUGCUGGAGAAACUUGAACUAGACGAUGAAGCUGCUGAACCUGAGAGUGAUAUUUACAUGCGCUUUAUGAAAUCCCAUAAGUGCUAUGAUAUCGUCCCCACGAGCUCUAAGCUUGUUGUGUUCGACACUGCACUCCAAGUCAAGAAGGCUUUCUUCGCCCUGGUCGCCAACGGCGUACGUGCAGCACCAUUGUGGGACACAGAGAAGCAGUGCUUUGUGGGGAUGCUGACAAUCACAGACUUCAUCAUCAUACUGCACAGAUACUAUAAGUCACCGAUGGUGCAAAUUUACGAGUUAGAGGAGCAUAAGCUUGAAACGUGGAGGGAGGUUUACCUUCAAGCAACAUUCAAACCUCUUGUUAAUAUUUCCCCCGAAGCAAGUCUGUUUGAUGCCGUUUACACCCUCAUCAAAAACAAAAUUCACCGUCUGCCUGUUAUCGACCCCGUCACUGGGAAUGCACUUUAUAUUCUCACACACAAGAGGAUCCUCAAAUUCCUCCAGCUAUUUAUGUGCGAAAUGCCAAAGCCAGCUUUCAUGAAGCAAACCCUGGGCGAGUUGGGCAUCGGCACGUACCACGACAUCGCAUUCAUCCACCCCAACACGCCCAUCAUCAAAGCUCUCAAUAUCUUCGUGGAGAGGAGAGUUUCUGCCCUGCCGGUGGUGGACGAGUCAGGCAAAGUCGUGGACAUCUACUCCAAGUUCGAUGUGAUUAAUUUGGCUGCUGAGAAAACGUACAACAACCUGGACAUCACGGUGACGCAGGCCCUGAAGCACCGCUCGCAGUACUUUGAAGGAGUCAUGAAGUGCCAUAAGAUGGAAACCAUGGAGACCAUUGUGGACAGGAUCGUCAAAGCUGAAGUGCAUCGGCUCGUGGUGGUGGACGAGCGCUCCAGCAUCGAAGGCAUCGUGUCUCUGUCCGACAUCCUCCAGGCUCUGGUGCUCAGCCCCGCAGAUGUCUGUAAGGAGGAGAACCCAACCGGGUGAGCAGGAGGAAAGGAUGAAGCCGUGAGGCUGAGCAGAACUGGACUGACCGGACUGGAGGCGUCUGACACUGAUGCACUAAACCAAAGAGCGACACGGCCGAGUGGACUCCUGCACUGAUGCUUGUUUUGGAUUGAACUGAUCUGCUGUAAACACAUCCAGCUCCCAUAUUUCACUGCUGUCGCACAGGACGCUCUGGAAACUUUCUCACUCUUUCAUUUCAUCAUCACUCGAGUUCAUAUGUUUAUUCUCACGUCGUUUAUUAUGCACCAACAACAGCAAAGAGGGGCUGCUUUAAUAUUUAACUAUUCCUGCGGACAUGUUUGGCGCUGCAUUCAAAGUCACACUAAACUCUGUUAUCGCAGUUCACAUGGAAAACACAAUGGCAUGUUCACUGACUCCUUUUAUUUAGCGUUAAAAAUAAGUGAAUCACAUUUUUUUUUGUCAAAUCUUUUGAAUGCAGCAUCAAACCAUUAGUGACAAAUUAUUAAAAUCCUAAAAAAGAUUUUAGCAUCAAUUAAAAUAAAAAUAUUUUAAAUAAUAAAGUAUUUAAAAACAAUUUUGUAAUGUUUAAUUCAGUUUAAAUAUAUAGCGUCAACAUCUGCUUUUAUUUUCAUAAAAGAUUAUUUAGUAGAAAAUAUUUUGUGAGCGACUCUGGCUUCUUGUUUGCCCUGGCUUAACAAGUUUUUUUUUUAAUCAGUAUUUGUUUUUCCUCCGCGUAAAUUAGUGCAAUUUGAAAUCAGUUAUGUAUAUUACGAGUGAAAGAGCUGCACAUUUAAGUGAUAUAGAUUUUUUUUUUCCUCGUUUGGUUCUUUGUUGUGGAAUUUCAGGUGGUGUGCACAUCCACUGUUUUUUACGUUGGGCUGAAACGUCGCAACAACAGAUGGCUUUCUGGCGGUUUUACGGAACUGGCGCACUGCUGUAACUCCACAGGACUCAUCUCCCAUCGUUGACUGUAAAUAUCAUUUUCAUUGUCACAGAUAAGCUUUAUUUUUACGAACGUUUCGACUGCAGUUUUAUCGUUUCUUAUCUUGUAAAUAUAUUUGGCGACAUGUCCGGCUCAGCUUCUCUCCGAUCAAAAGUGCACUGUUCGUCGAGCAUGAAAAAUGUCACUCGGGCAGAAUGAAUGUGGAUGGUUUCUGUUUUUACUGGAGACGUAAGAAUAAACAGACACUGAAUGUAAUGAACGCUCACAAGAAUGUUCUUUCUUUUUUGUUUGUUUUUAUUGGUGUCAACAAAAAAUGUUUGGAUUCAAUGAUGAUGUCAUAUUUUGGAGUGUGGAUCUUGUGGUUCUUCACCAAAGAGUCUCUGCUGAAGAUAAGUUGAUGUUCAAAUACUAACUUCUUUACCGCUUGUUACAAAAGAAAAUCAUUUAACUUUUUGCUAUUUUUUUCUUCUAGAUUAAAGACACUUUCACAACCUUCAAAUAAGGGGCCAUGAUCCUCAACAGGAAACCAAUGUGACAGAUUUUCACCUGUAAGUUUUUGUCUCAGGUGUUGACUCUCAAGACAUGAAUUGAUGUCAUUUGAUGCCUAAAUGGUGAGCAAUGAGCUCGAUGGAACAGCAGGUGGCAGUAGCAACAAAAGGUUUCAAUAUGGCUGCCAUACCAGGUAGAAGACAUUAUGUCCUGGAGGAGCCUUGGUCACGCUUUGGAUUAGGGAACGUUUAUUACUUAUUCAUAAGUGUAUUCACAGCAUAUUAGCCAGUAAAUAACCAGUAUAGGUUUUCAUUAGAGUCUAGUUACGACUGAGUAGAGUUUUACCCUGGUACUGUCUAAAUGUUGCUCUAAACAACACUAGAAUUACCAGGUAUUAACUGUAAAUAGACAGUUUAUUAGCAGUGAAUAUGUGUUCCCCAGUUCAAAGUGUUACCAGGGUUUAAUUCCAAGAGCAGUGGAACUCUGAGGAAGCAUCAGUUGCACACUACAGCAUGUGUCAAACUCAAGGUCAGGGGGCAGAAUACAGUCCACAAAGUUUAUUUUCAUGGCCUGCAGGAGCUUCAAAAGUAAAUCAUAGACUCCAAUUUAUUUCUGUGUUGAAUUUAAGAGCAAACUAGUUUCUUGUCUUAAGAGGUGACCAGCAUUCUCUCUGUUACUGGUCAUUUUAUCCCAGUUUAAAUUCAUUAUUCUGUCUGAGGCAAAUCUGUGCUGUAGAACAGAUAUCAAGAAAAUAAAAUAAUGUAGGAAUAUGUCCCUUUUAGUGAAAAUUGAAGUGAUGUAAAUGGAGUAAUUGGAGCCAAAUCUGAUAAGCUGUCAGUACACAUUAUCUCAAUAAUACAGGACAGACGGUAGCGAUGAUGUUGCCUACAUUUUCCAUGCAAAGUGCUGCCAAAAAGUGAUGGGCACACGACAGCUGCCGGUGUCUCAUCCUCUAUUUUUAAGCAUGAUGUGAUGAGUCAGAUCAGAGGAGGAGAACUGGGGGAGUUUGAUCCACACGAGGGCGCUGUUGCGCACACCCCAACCACCCUGUCAUUAAGGAUGACCUCUAGCUAGAUCCAAGUUUCCUGGUUUCCAUGUUUCCCUCUCACUUCUCUUUGACAUAAUCACAGGAAACUCCUGGAGACGGAAGUUUUGAGGUUUUUGUAAAUGAGACGCGGAUCUGACGGACUUCCAAAUGAGCACUGCAACUGGACCAGACUGAUUCCAGACAAUCUCCGCUUUGAUCUCCCAAUUUCCCCAGUGAUCCCAAGUGCUGGGAAAGCCUCCUCCACACCUUGUAGCCCUAAAGCAGAAGAGGCAGGAGGGCACGAGCCGCCGCGUCUCCCUGCCUGUCUCUCUCCACACACACGAGCUGGACUCUCUUUUGAAAGUCUUGAUUUAAAAUUCCUCUUCAGAGAGCGUCAUGCAUUUUAUAUGCAUGGUUGAGGGGAGGGAUUGCGAGGGUCCAAACGAACCUCCCGCACGCUGCCGGCCUCCUCGGGGAUAUAACCAUACCAGCGCUCACACCCUUUCCCGCUCCGCUCCCUUCAUUUUCCUGCUCCCACUCAAUUCUUUCAACAUUAGUUUUACUACAUCACGCCUUUCUCAAAUUCUACCAAGCAGCUAGAGAGCUGCGGCCUUUGAAGACAAGUGUGAUCAGAACAGAGGCAGGGGGGUGUUAAAAAAAAAACCUGGCCGCGGGGCAUUUGGGUUUUUGCACUCGUGUUUAGCAGCUUAUGGAGCCGAGAGGAGCAGGCUUGACAAGUGCAGUGUUUGGGGACAGCUUUGAUGUCGGCUGGGGUGCGGCUGCUGCUCAACUUCUCUGUGUGGCACAACUGUAGACACAAGGAUCACCCGCAACAGUAUGAUGGGACGAAAUGAGUCUCACAUGAAACGCAACACAAAUAUCUAAAUGCUCUUUAAAAUGUCAUUCUACUUUUUUUGUGAAGAGGUGUCCGCUUAUCUCAUCUGCUCAGGCCUAGAGGCAGGGGACACCCUGGACAGGAGUUCAUCACAUGUACCACUGAGGUACCCAGCCUUCUCCAUGGACUUUUUCGUUCCAUUUUUACUAUCUGUCCCAGCUCAGAGAGUAACGUUGCAAAAAUGGCCACUGCCACCGUUACAUUUUUAGAGAACUUUGACAGAAUAGGACCGUUUGUAUUUUUGGUGUUCUGGAUCCAGAAAGUCUCCAAGGGAUUCACUCCUAACAAAGGGACCUUAGAAGGCACAUUUGUGUUGUACCCACGAACCAACAAAAGCAGCCGGCUCCUUGCUCUUAAAAGUGCUCAUCUAUGAGCCACGAGACGCCUCCGCAUCCACUCACUCCAACUGGGAUGAAGACACAACAACAGCUUGUACGAUCUGGUUUAUUAACAAUAAAUGAGGAGCUAGCUUAUCAAGGAUAUAGCGGUAAACACCAGACACAAUUUUUAUUUUUGUAAGUGCUACAAAUUUGCGAUUAUGGACAGAAAUGGUACACCAACAAUAGUGCCCACAUUCAGAAAUCAAAGUAUAAAAAAUACAGUAUGUUAGGAUAAGUGUUCCAAAUCUUAACAUUUGUUAUUCUCAACCGUAAUAUUUAGGAGCAGUUUCAGCCAGGUCAACAUUCUCCAUGGACAUCUGUGACUGGUCGGCAAAGCAAACCUGUAUCUGUAGCUUCUGCUGCCAUUAUUUUGCUUUUCAGUUUUCAAUCCACUCUUCCUCACCAUUUGUUAUGUUGGGUUUAUGUUUAGCGCGUUGCUUGGUAGUCGCUCCACCAAGAUGCUAGUUAUUUAUGAACAGUGGAACCACAAGAUUACUUUUUAUUUACAGCAAUGUUCCACAGUUGUGCAACGUGUACAGGAAAUGUAUUAGGAAAGCAGAUAGUGGAAGGAUAUUUCUGUCUAAAAAAAAAACAAAA